AUGAAUUAGAAAAGUAAUAAGGUUUCUCCAAAUUAGAAAACUAUAGGUUUUAGAUUUAAUUGUGCUAUUAAUUUAGAACUGCUUAAAAAAUCAACUAGAAUGGCUUUAUUAAAAAUGAAAUAUUAAUUGCCUGAAGAAUCAGAUCGAAUUAGAAUGAGAAAACGAAGUUUAAUCUUUGCAAAAAAUUAAUUAGAUUCAGAAAAGAAGCAAUCAACGAAAAGCAAAUUUUUAGAAACUAUAAAAACAAGAUGUAGUUCAAUAGCUGAUGACAAUAACCAAAUGCCAACAAAAUUGGUAUUCUAAAAAUACUCAAAACAAUUAGAUAAUAUUAAUUAUGGCAACCCUAAAAUAUUUCAGUAGAUCACUUCUUAAAAUCAAAAAGAUUCUUGUGAAAACUUAAUAUUUCCUUUUUAAAGAUCAAUAUAUCCUUAAAGGAAGUUGGUAAGAAAAAAUAGAGCUGAAACUCAAUAUACAAUAAAUAGUUCAAUUAAUUAACCUAGCCCAAAUAAUGCAAAAAAUAAUAUCAAGUCCCUAAUUGCUAUUCAAGAGAGAUUUGGAGCAGCUGGAUGGGAAGUUGAACCAUCAGAUGAUCUUUGA